AGAAGGACAAAGUAUGGAGGCAUGCGCGUUGCUAGUUUUCCGCCUAGCUGGUUCUGUCAGUACUUCCUCAUUGGAAGAAACUGCCUAUUUUAUUUUUGGACAAUAAGCAACGUUUUCAGAAUAAGAGAAGGCGUAGCUACGGUUUAAAAGUCUGAAGAUGUCCAAACCGCCUCCCAAGCCAGCCAAACCAGGCCAGGUCAAGGUGUUCCGAGCCAUGUUCACCUUUGACCCUCGAACACCAGAUGAGCUCUACUUUGAAGAAGGAGACAUCUUGUAUAUCUCUGAUACGAGUGACAGCAAUUGGUGGAAGGGGACCUGUAGGGGAAGGAAUGGCCUCAUCCCAAGCAAUUAUGUGGCCGAGCAGGCGGAGUCCAUUGACAACCCAAUGCAUGAAGCAGCUAAACGAGGGAAUCUGAGUUGGCUGAGGGAGUGUCUGGAGAACAAAGUGGGAAUUAAUGGACUGGACAAAGCUGGGAAUACUGCCCUCUACUGGGGAUGUCAUGGAGGACACAAGGAUGUGGUGGAGAUCUUGCUGGGGCAGUCUAACGUGGAGUUGAACCAGCAGAAUAAACUGGGAGACACUGCAUUGCAUGCUGCCGCCUGGAAGGGAUACUCGGACAUAGUAGAGAUGUUACUGAAUAAGAAUGCCAGGAUGGAGAUUAAGAACAAUGAGAAGAAGCUGGCUCUGGAGAUGGCCACCAAUGCCCAGUGCGCCUCUCUCAUUAAGAGGAAACAAGGAGGCAAUAUCACACGUACACACAGCAAUGCCGAUGAGUACCUUGACGAUGAAGACUCUGACUGAUUGCCAUCUUCGGAGUGGGCUGUCUCAUGGGGUUUGGGGGUUGCAGUGUGUGGGACAUAAAUAGCUUGGUGGGGGGGAUAGAUUCCAAUUUUUACACAUUUUAUCCUAACAUCUGUUCAUAGAAUGGUAAAGAAAAAGUAAUAUAUUUCAUAAUGUGAUGGGAACACGGAAUUUUUAAAACCUUAGGGCCUUGGUGAGGCGAUGGGGUCGAAGGGAGAGACCGACGUUGUCUUUAUAAUUUAGACGAUCGAGGGUUCCACUUGCUGCAUCUCCGUGUGAGUCUGUGAUUGCUAACAUCAGAGAGGUUGAAACUGAGAGCUGGACCAAUAAGCCUCUCUCACAUUAAAGGUGGUCUGAACUUACAUCGCAGGUGUGGCAGGAAGUGACCACAGUGAGUCUCUGGGUUUAUUUAUCUCUGGCGCUAGUAAACAAUGGCUCUCACGAUACUGGAAUUAGGCUAUUGACAUACUUUCCUCUGCUUUGUUUGUUUACACUUAACGUCAUGCUGAAAGUAACUUAAUGGAGUCAUAAUGCAUAUGGAAUAAUGGUCUGUCAAUGCAUUUUCUGCAUUGUCAAAUGUGAACAUUUACUGUCAACAAUCAUGCCAUCACUCAUGGAAUAUGGUAAUAUUAGGUGUGCUGUUCAAAACAUUUCCUUCAACAUAUAUCUUCUCUUCCCUGGGCAUUUGGAAAGUGCCACUGCAUUUUCUCGAUUUCCUUUCUAUUCCUCUUCAUUUGUUGUUGUUCGUCACCGACCGCUGCACCAUUGUUAAAAGAUAAGUCUCUAAAAGUGCCUAAUGAAGCCGUAAAGAUUGAGUUUGUCUACAGAUAUUCAUGUGAUUGCAAGUGUAUGUGAAUGAGUCACCUGAUCGGAUGUCUUUCAUAAAGAUGUUUUCAUCAUUGUUGAUUUUAUUUUUGUCUAACUGCUUUGUCUGUCCUGUCAAAACUAUGCAAUAAAAAUGUUUAUCUAAUAA